AAGGAGAAACCAGUCUCGUGAAACACGGGUGUGUUUACAAUACCCCCGGGACAGCGUCGUCGGUCGCUUUAUAAGAACGUCGCUUCUCGGGCGGAAGACCUCAAGUAGCGUCGGCUGUCCCGCAGUACUGGAAGCACACCAAGCAAGCAAGCAUUUCGCAGAGCUCCACACCGCCAACCAUGAAGGUCCUGGUCGUCGUCGUGAUCAUUCAGGCCAUCUGCGCCUCAGUCGUGUCGUCCUUCAGCUUUUCGGGGACCAGCGACUGCCCGGCGCAGGGAGUGCCCGGCGUGACGCUCAAGGUUCCCGACCCGAACGACUGCUCCGCGUACUCGCUGUGCCUGCCGCUGUUCGGGUUGAAGCUCAACUGUCCCGAGGGUGAACACUUCAGCGCCGCCGCUGGCAAGUGCCUGUCAGCCGCUAACGCCGGAUGUGACCCCGCCGCUGCCGCAGCAGUUGCCCAACCGCAAGUUGCUCCGGAGCCUGCAGCCCCAGUAGCCCCAGCACCCGCUCCUGUUGCAGCGGCGCCAGCUCCGGCAGCGCCCGCGCCUGCUGCACUUGCCUUCUAAGAACCAGACUCUGCUGAGGGAACCACUGUUGAAGCAACAUCAUUCAUCAACGGACACGCAAUAUAACAGACGCUACGUCGAAUGUAAAUAAACGUGUACGUUGUACCACGGCUACAAA